UCAGAAUUAACACAAAUCUGAUAACGAAUUAGAAUGUGUAGAGCAAAUUUAAUUUUCUCUAUGAUGGUGUGAUAGUACAAAGUCUCAUACAACUUUAAUAUAAGAAUUUUGAACGUUUGAAUCCAUUUAUUUUCGCAUAUAAAUUUCAUGUAAAUUAAAUACCAGCAAUAUUAACAUCAUUUUAUAUGUAUGCUAAAAUAUUUGUAUCAAGGGUUUUAUUGCAGACUGUGUUUAGAUUAAGAAAUAAGAGCAUGAUGUGCAAUUCAAAAAGAAUAAGUGAAUUUAAUGUACCUGUCCCUUGGGGGUAUAUAGCAGUUAAAGCUUGGGGUGACGAAAAUGAUGAAGCUAUUUUAGUCAGUCAUGGAAGACUGGACAAUGCUGGAGCAUUCGAUAGAUUAAUACCAUAUCUUCCAAACUCAUUCUACUACAUAUGUAUUGAUUUACCUGGUCAUGGAAAGUCUUCACACUUUUCACCGCACUUACCUAUAUACACUACAAAUUAUGUAUUGGUUUACAAGUUGCUGGCACAAUAUUUUAAAAGACAAAGCUACAUCAUCAUGGGACAUAGUUAUGGAGGACAAAUUGGUUUUUUAUUUGCUCAACUGUACCCGAAUCUUGUAAAAAAAUUAAUACUGUUAGACACUGUUCAUAUGUAUCCCGUGAGUGUUAAAGAUUUUAAGUAUUAUCUUAUCGAUAGUUUUAAUAGCACUAUUAAGCUGACGGAAAAGCUAAAAACUGGAAAUCCACCUUCGUACACUUAUGAAGAAGCUUUGAACAAAUUACUACACGGCAGACAGGGAACACCUCUUACUACCGAAGCAGCAACCGCUUUGCUUCGGAGAGCUGUAGAACCGACAGGAGAUGGUAAAUACACAUUCACCUUUGACCAAAGAAUGAAAAAUUUUAUUAAUCCUACACACGACUUUCGCUAUAUCCUAGAAGCUCUAAGAGAAGACCCAGUUACUUGUCCUAUAUUGAUCGUUUUAGGUGAACAUUCCUUCACGAAAAUCGAUAUGGAACUUAUCCUUCAAGAAUUAAGCAAGUUGAGUAAUGUUUCUGUUGAAUACGUUGAUGGUUACCAUGAUAUUCAUAACAAUAAUCCCGAUCGUGUUGCACCAAUUGUUAAUAAAUUUUUAAUAACACAAAAAGGGAAAUUAUAAUGCAUUAAGAUGCUAGCAUUUCAAUAUUAUUUUACACAGGGUGUGCCACUUAAAAAUUUCCAGUUGUGUCUUUGUUAGAAACUAACCCCUCUUGCACAUGAGCGUUGUUUUACCGAUUGGCAGACGACCGUCACACUUGCAAGCAAUGAUUUUGUGUGAAAAGAUGUAUUUAACUGUGUAAUUUAAAAUUUAGUAGCUUGUUUUGCCGAUCAACAAAAUACCGUCCGUGUGUAAGAGCCGUAAGAGAAUAUAGACAAUUAAAUUAUAGACAAUUUUUUAAUAUUCGUCUGAUUUGUUUUACUUUUAUUUUUUACUUUGCUGCAAAGU